UACACACUUUCACUUUCAACAGUUUACACAUCAAACUAACAUUACUAAUACUGACACAAUUUCACCCUUCUCUCUCUCUCUCUCCGCUUCUCCCCAAGAUUUUACUCACGGCCUCAGAGCGUCUUCCCCACGCGCCGCUGCCCUUUUCCGGCUUCCUCUCUCUCUCAGGGUUAAUGCAACUAUCAAAUACUGUUCCAAGGAGAAGGAGAAGGCCUGUCUAUGCAGCUUGACCCUUGAAGUUGAACACCUGUGAAUUGAAGAUAGUCUUUUUUUCUGUGUGUGUUAAAAUGGUGGAUUUCACUAACCCUUCAAGCAGUAAAAUUUCUUCUGAUCAAGAACACCAAGAGGCUGUCAUUCCCAAGGAAGAAAUUUUAGAUUUUGAGUUUCCUUCUGAAACUGUCUUCCCCACACAUUUUGGGGAGAAUGUUGCAAGUUCCUCUGGAAGCAAUGCGCGGUCGUCCUUAAUUGGGAUGGGAUUUCAACCAUCUCUUGUUGACAAAGUGAUUGAGGAGAAGGGCGAAGAUAAUGUUGAGCUGUUAUUGGACACAAUCUUUGCAUAUUCAGGUCCUCAAAAAGCCAAUUCUACAUCUUCAGAUUCUUUGGAUAGUUUAUUUGGUGACAAUGCUGUAAGCAGUCCACCAGAAGUAUCCACUUUCAUUCCACCGAAAGAGGAGCCUGACUUAUCCAAUGGAUUUGCUGACGAUAAAAUAGCAUCCUUAUUGACGAUGAACUUCUCUGUAGAUGAAGUUAAAUUUGCAAUUGAUAAGCUUGGUCCAGAUACUCCGAUCGAUGAAAUAGUGGACUUCAUUGUUGCUGCCCAGAUGGCUGUGAAAUUUGAUGAGGAUAAUGAUGAAACAGUUCAACAAAAAAAUGAGGAGUCAAACAACGAAACUCUGUUUGGUACUAUGGACAAAACACUUCAUUUGCUUAAGAUGGGUUUCUCUGAGACUCAAGUUUCUUGGGUAAUUGAUAAGCUUGGUCAUGGAGUAUCAAUCUCAGAGCUUGCGGAUUCGAUUUUUUCCUGUCAGAAUGCUGAUGGAAGUUUUCGAGACAUUAAGCCCAAAAUUAUUACUGGUGCAAAUGGUUUUUGCACCACAAACAAUGACGGUGCUUCUUCUUCGUCAAGUAACCCAGCACUUAGCUCGAUAAGAGUGAAGACCGAGGCUUCUUCUUCAUAUGCAAUUCCUCAACAGAUGAAUGCCAAUGUAGACACUGGCUUGGUCGGGAAGAGACCUAAAGAUGAGCACCUUGAUGGUUAUUAUGACACCGUUCCUCAGUGCAGACGAAUGGAGUAUAAUGAAAAUCAAAGAGGGAAAAGGCCAAAACCAGAAUAUGAUGACGAUUGCAGUAAUUUCCUUUGUGGCCCAACUUGGCUUGAAGAAAAAGCCGACCAUGACUUCUCCAACCAUGGAGUACCUAAACCGACACGAAGGGUUCUUAAUGGAGUAGUGGCCAAGGCUCCAUACUUCUUGUAUGCAAAUCUCGGGAAUUUAUCUCACGACGCUUGGGUAAAAAUCUCGAAGUUCUUGUACAACUUGGAGCCUGAGUUUGUAAAUACACAUUUUUUCUCGUCUUUGAGUAGGAAAGAAGGCUACAUACACAAUCUCCCAACUGAAGACAGAUUUCACAUCGUUCCAAAGCCACCAAUGACUAUACAAGAUGCGAUACCAAAUACAAAGAAAUGGUGGCCUGACUGGGAUUCACGCAAACAAUUGAACGGUAUCAGCUCAGAAGUUAAUGGCAUAUCUAUGCUGUGUGAUAGACUUGGAAGGACACUCUCUAGCUCUGAUGGAAUGCUUUCACUCGAGCAACAAAGGAACAUACUUCAUCAUUGUCGAACAUUAAAUCUCAUGUGGGUUGGCCAUAACAAGUUGGGACCUAUCAGUCCCGAGUGUUUAGAAAGCAUAUUGGGUUACCCCCGAAAUCAUACUCAAUCAUAUAGUAGUUUAAUGGAAAGACUUCAAUCAUUGAAAUAUUGCUUUCAGACAGAUACUUUGGGAUAUCACCUAUCUGUUUUGAAGGCAAUGUACCCAGAAGGCUUAACAGUGUUGUCUAUUUUUAGCGGAAUUGGUGGUGCAGAAAUUGCUUUGCAUCGACUUGGGAUUCGAUUAAAAGGUGUCGUAUCUGUUGAGACAUCAGAAACUAAAAGAAGGAUUCUCAAGGCUUGGUGGGACAGAACACAAAGUGGUGAGUUGAUGCAAGUUAUAGAUAUUCAGAGGCUAACAAGUACCAAGGUUAAAAGUAUGAGUGAUAAAUUUGGUGGUUUUGACUUAGUCAUUUGUCAAAACCCAUGCACUCAAUCUUCAGGUUCGAAAGCCACCAUCGAUGGGGACAAUAUCACCGGAUUUGACUUCUCCCUGUUCUGCGAGUAUGUUCGGAUUCUCCAGUGUGUGAGGACUGUGCUGGAAAAGAAGAGGUGACCAUGACCAACUUAGUUAUGUAUUAUGGUUUGUGUCACUUUCUAUUUUAUUGUUUAAUAAGGAAGAAAAUUAGUAUUUAUUUGCUUAGAAUUUGUGGUAUUGGAAAGUAUAGGGAAAAAGUGGUUAAUAAAACCUUUUUUGAGAAUUUUUGUUUUCCCUAAACUUUUUUGUGUCCUACCACAUUGGUCCUCAAACUAUUUAUAUGAAAAAAAUAUAGUUAGGUUCCUAAUUUACUCAAGUGAAGUUUCAA